UUACAGUAUAAAUGGCGACUGCUGGUUCGGUGCGAUGAUAAUGUAUGAUAGCAAAGUCGAACGUGACCGUUGUAAAAAUCUUAAAUCUGUGAAAGCUUUGCUACUAUCCCCGUGUUUGGUUUUUUAUUUAUGCAAAUGAACGAACAGUAACAUGGGUGACUUGUUCGAUAUCGCAAAUUUAAUCACCACUGUCGGUGUUGAUAGAAUAAAAAUUAAGCCGGAACCCGGACUGCCCGAGAAAUCGUCGAACGAAAUACUGACAGAGUUAUUUAGCACGUUUGACGCCGAGGAGGGAAUAGCAUCGCCGGAGAACACCGAUCAACAGGUCCCAAAUGCCAAUAUCAAAGUCGAGAAACUUAAGAAGUCUCAGAUAAAAAAGAAAAAGGCCAAGAAAAAGCACAAGCACAAGGAUAAAAAGCAUAAAAAGAAAUCGAGACGCAAUUCUUCCGAAAGUAACAGCGACCCUGAAAGCAAUAAUGUUAAAAAGAAGAAGAAGCAUAAAAAGAAGACUAAACGGAAGCACGAAAAUGAGUCGAGCAGAUCAUCGGAUUCGGACGAGCCCAAGAAUAAAAUAUCGAAGGUCAAUAGUUCUAGUAGCAUUGUAAAAAGGAAAGGCUAUAGCAAAGAUAACGGAUUGAAAAAGAAAGAUACGGCCGUGUCGACAAAUUUCGAAGAAGUCUUGUUAAUUAAGAAGGAACCGGGAUCGGAAAGUACUUUUGUAAAAAGCUCGGAGAGCCCUCAAUUGCCUCCUAUUUCAAAAAAAAUUCAAGAGGAUCCAGAAGAGCCGUUGAUACCUAAAAUUCUUGACAAAUCAAAGCAAGCAAUUCAAGGGAAAAUUUUGAUAAAAGAUCUCAAGAACAGUACAGUUUAUAACAACACGGUGAAGGAAAUAGAGAACAAGGUGAAGGAGAAAGCAGCACGGAUGGAAGAUGGUGAAAUAUCCGAUAGUAGUACAGACAACAGGACACCAACGUUGAGUCCUAGCCCGUUACAAUACACUUCGCUUAGGUCGCCAACGUUGAGUCCAACUUUGGAUAAAGGGGAGAACAGGGUACUGAGUCCUACGAAAGGGGGAAUAACCGCUAGAAACGAUUUGAGAUUGAUACUAAGAGAAAAGGAGAAAAAGAGACUGGAAGGUAAAGACAGUAAACGUAAUCACAAUUGCCAAUCGCAAGAGAAGAGGAGAUCCGAAUCUCGAACGCGUUCAGACUCGCAUAGAAGCCGUAGUAGAGGCAGAGACAAACGAAGAGACAAAAGCAGAGACAGGCACGAUAAAAGUCGCAGCAACGAUAGGAGAGAGUCCGCGAAAAGCAGAGAAAGGAGAAGACACAGAAGCCGUAGCGACGAUAGGAGCAGAGAUAAAUAUACGAGGGGACGGAGCAGAAGCAGAGAACGGAAGGAAAGAAUAGAAAUUGAUAAGAAGAAAUUAUUAGAAAUUGCUAGAAGGAAUGCAAUAAAUAUGAUCAAACAAGGAACACUACCAUUGGCGCAACAAGACAAAGCUAUCGCUGCGAUACAAGCUGGUGGAAAGACAGUGGACGAACUCACAGAUUUUUGUAAAUCACUAUCGAAGUCUGAGGCAUUAGGUGAACUUUCCAGUAUCUCAUCGGACGAGGACGGAAGCGAGUCAGAGAAAGGCUUUCACCAUCCCUUUUUGCUCAAAGGACGACCUAGUUCUAUCAUCAUGAAUAUUCGGGACGCGAAACAAUUACCGACGAAAACAUUCCAAGAAAAGACAGUAGAAUCAUCGAAUCAACUGCGUUUACAAUUCCCUGUAUCGAGUGGCCAGCAUCACAGAAAGAGCGAGAACGAAUGGGUACCGGUAACGCCAAAAAAAGUAGAACCAAAGAAACCGAUUGUGCCAGCUUCUACGUCAAGCGAACCUCCCGCUGUGAUACCCCCGGCUGCACCUGUACAACCGAUACAACCAACGACUAUUUUCUCCCAGUCGGUAACAACGGAGCUAAUAGAUAUUGGUUCUAUAGUAUCGCAACGAUUGGCUGCGAUGAGAAAGUUGAGAGAGAAUCCAAACGAUGUGUGCGCGCAGAACGAAAUGUAUCGCGCGCAAAAUGAGAUGAAGACGUGGGCUGAAAGCAAACAGAUGCCAGGUCAGUUUACUGGCAGCACCGGAGCCAAAGUGCUCUCACCGGCAGAACUUACAUCAGGUUAUCAGGCCUGGGCUCGUAAGGAUCAAUUAGUAUCGGCGCAACCUGUUUCGGGUGGGAUGGGUAUGGCUUUACUGCAGAAGAUGGGUUGGCGGCCAGGGGAGGGUUUGGGAAAAAAUAAAGAAGGUACUCUUGAGCCGUUGCAGCUCGAAGUGAAAUUGGAUAAAAGAGGCCUGGUGUCGGAACAAGACAUUGGACAGAAAAUAGGAAAAACUGCGAAGCCAUUGGUACCCGCUAUCAAAACUUUGGAAGGAAAACAUCCAGUGUCGUUGUUAGGCGAAUAUUGUUCGAAGCGAAAACUUGGUGCACCCGUUUAUGAAUUGUGUUUCGAAUGUGGACCAGAUCAUAGAAAGAAUUUCCUUUUCAAGGUUAAAGUGAAUGGAACUGAAUAUAAACCGAGCGUAGCAAGUCCUAAUAAAAAACAAGCCAAAGCGGAAGCGGCACAGAUUUGCCUGCAGACUUUAGGAUUGUUACCUGAUCCCAUUUCUAUGCUUGUUACGAAACUUUGAAGUUGCCACUGUAUUUCAAUUAACGAAAUUUUAAUAUUAAUUCUCGGCGAAUUAAAGAAACUGUAAAGCAAUGUAUACAAUUUUUUAGAUUUAAAGAACGUAACUUAUUCCUUUUUCAUCCUAUUAUGUAUAUAAUAAAAUGACGA